AUGGAAAAGGGGAUGAAAGAAGGAGAGGGGCAGGAACAGCCGACCAGGAAGGCAGAUAGUAAAAGUAAUAGAUGCAAAAGAAAGCGUGAAGAUUUCCUGGAGAUUAUCUCAAAAAUAGCAAGACAAAUAUAUGAACAAAUUGCUGAGUUCUUUGAGAAGUGGCUACCUAAAGCAGAGGAAGAGGAGCAGCCGAUUGAUGAACGAGAUGGAAAAAAGCCAGGUGAUGGAGAGGAGAAUUCUGGUGAAGGAAAGGGCGAGACACAAGAUAAUAAAGAAGAGGAAGAAACUUUUAAAGGAGAAAGGGACAAGUUGCUAGGCGAAGAAGGUGGAGAAACAUCCGAUGAAAUGGAAAAGGGCAAGAAGCCAGAUGAUGAAGAAGACGAGGAGUCUCGUGAUGGAGGAAAGGGAAAGGAAGACGAUAAAGAGGAGGAACAUGGUGAAAAGGGAAACGUCAAGAAGCCAGACGACGAAGCAGAGGAAAAACCUAGUAGAGGGGAAAAUGAUGGGGGAAAAGGCGAUGAAGAUGAAGAUAAUCGUGGUGAGGGAGCAAAGGACGAGGAGUUAGGAGAGAAGAAAGCUGAUAUAAAGAGAAAUGAUGAGAAGUCGGACGAUAAAGAAGAGGAGGAAGCUGGUGAAGAAGCAACGAAUGAGGAGUCAGGAGAGGAGAAAGCUGAUGUAGAGGGAAAUGAUGAGAAGUCGGACGAUAAAGAAGAGGAGGAAGCUGGUGAAGGAGUAACGAAUGAGGAGUCAGGAGAGGAGAAAGCUGAUGUAGAGGGAAAUGAUGAGAAGUCGGACGAUAAAGAAGAGGAGGAAGCUGGUGAAGGAGUAACGAAUGAGGAGUCAGGAGAGGAGAAAGCUGAUGUAGAGGGAAAUGAUGAGAAGUCGGACGAUAAAGAAGAGGAGGAAGCUGGUGAAGAAGCAACGAAUGAGGAGUCAGGAGAGGAGAAAGCUGACGAAGAGCGAAAAGAGAAGUCGGGGGAUGAAGGUGAAGAGGAUGAUGGUGAAGGAGCAAGGGGCAGAAAAUCAGGCGAAGAGGAGGAAACAUCCGGUGAAUAA